AUGAGCUCUCAACAGUCCACCUCCACUCAGUGCUAUUACCCGUCGAAGUCUGGAAACUACGGCUCUGAUGGCGAAGACAAUGCGGUUAGAAUCCCGCGGCGCACUCCCAUUGCAUGCCAAUUCUGCAGAGGGCGCAAGCUCAAGUGCGAUGGUCGGCAGACUUGCGCCAAUUGUCAACGACGUGGUAUUCCGUGCGUCUAUGUUCCCGUGUCGGCGCAGAAGUAA